UAAUAUAUAACAGUAUUGUCAAUUCCAAUAAACUUAAUUACCGAUACCGUUGAAAAAUUCUUUUAGUUUGUUCCUUAGUGCUGAAAUAAGUUUAGCGAAAAAUUAACUAAAAAAAGUUUUAUAGCAAUAUGUUAUCAGUUGCAGAGAUAAUAAACUUAUUAAACAGUAUUCCAGUUGGUUACAAAUCACCAGAGGAUAACUGUUUUAAUGCCGGCAAUCAAACGUACAUACCAGAAUACAAAAAACUUGGAGUCAUAACUGUUGCUAAUGAAUUACAAGAAGAUUUGCCUGAGACGGACAAAAACGAUUUAUUUUGUGAUAUGCCUGGAUGUCAAGUUGCUUUCAAAAACGCCGCUUCUUACCAGUCUCAUUUUUACAAUGAACAUCGAUAUAUAUGUUCUGUUUGCCGUCGUUGUUUGCCUACAGCGCAUUUGCUGGAUUUGCAUAUUUUAGAGUGUCACGAUUCCUAUUUUAUUAUUCGCGCAAAACGUGGAGAAGCUAUGUAUUCAUGUUUUUUGGGAGAAUGUUUGAACAAUUAUGCGGCAAACCGUAUAAAAGACAUACGAAAAAACCAUCCAAAAGUGUCGAAGAAGUCGAUGUCAUGGACGUUGUUGACGAUAUUCCUAGCUUGAAUUAAUAAGUUUCCUUUCAUCAUCCAAAAUAAAAAAACCUUGGCUCACUAAAGUAAAAAAGGCCAAGUAGUUAUUUAAAAUUUAUUCAUUUAUUCCAAGAUCAAUUUUUUUUAAUAAAUAUAUUGAAAUCUGCUGUGUA